UAAACAUUUUGAUACAUUUAAUAGUAGUCUUAUAAAUCAUUAUAAAAGUAAUAGAUGUGCAUUAACAUUGGAUAAUGGCCAAAUAGAAAAUCUUAGUACUUUUAAGAAUUGGAUGGCCUCCAUAACAUUAAUAGGAAAUAACAGCUUCAUUCCAUUAUUGCAGGGUGGCAGCUAAGUAUUGCAAGUUUGAGAUCUUUUUGGGAGAACAAAAGUGCAAAUUAUGCUUUCAAAUAUUUGCUUACUAAUAGAUUAAAUCAAUUUUUAUUAAAUUGUGAAUGAUAUGAUGAGAUACGGUUGAACAAAAUGCUAAAACAUAUACUAUAUAUCAGGUUACAUAUGCCAUAAAUUAAAAGACCAUGUAUAUGUGAAAAAUAUUUAUUUACAUCAUAGAGAUUCUGAAAAUUCAAAGUAUCUUAAGUAUGCAAGUCAGACAAUUAUUGAUAUUGUAUCACAGCUUGAAAGUAUUUUUCAAGAACACAUUAAUAACAAUAUUGAUAAAAAUAACAUUUAAGUCAACUUAUUGAAGAUUAUGAAAGUGUAACGGCUAUGUGACUGCUACCUUUGUAUAACAGCUACUUGUGAAGCUGUCAUAUAUGUAACAACCUUAGAGCUGUCACCACUUGUAACAGCCACUUGUGGAGCUGUCACAUUAUGUAACUGUGUAGUUAUGUAGCUGACACCACUGUUAUCUUAUGUAGCUGUUUGUGGUUACCUGAGCUUGACUCUUGAGAGGUAACUCAACUGUUACAUGUAAAAUGUUUAUGGGUUAAGUUUGCAAAACCCAAAUAGUCUUUUCUCUAUUUAUUUAUGAAAAUAUAUUAUGAACAGUCAAUAAGGAUAAUCCGAAAUUAACACUGUAAGCUGUAAGUGUUAGAAGAGGACGGAGCUCAUCUCGGAUAUGCUCUCAUUAGCUGAUCUAAGGUCUACAGAGAGUGGAAAAUACCCAUCACAUGGGCUGCACAUGAUAGCUCACGGCUCUUGGAAAAUUACAGGCAGUGAUAGAAUUAAACGGGCUAAUACAAAAGGUAAAGUUACCCUGAAUAAUGACGUUUGUGAGCCUACCUGCCAAAUGUUCUCUCUAAAUAGCAAUCAAUCUAUCUAUCAAACAGAAAAAUCAGUGCAUUAACAUGUAUUUAUUUGUGUAUGUAUAGAAUGCAUAAAAGUACACUAUAUUCAUGUUAUGCACAUCUUGUAAGUAUGUAAUUAUAAUUACAGUAUACUGUAUUACCGGGUACAUGAAUAUUCUACUCAAUAUUAAAUUAUUAUGUUGCUAUAUAUCAUUGAUCAUAUAGAAUUUACUGUGUGAUUUUGUAUGUGUGUGUGUAAGUGUGUAUGUGUGUGUGCAUGUGUACACAUUAAGAAUGUCAAGGCAAAGACGUCAAGGUAUUAUCAGCUUACUUCACUGGUUACCAUGGACACACUAUCCUUACACACCGUGGGCUUUAAGUUAGCCCGUUGCCAACAGAUGGCGUUGAUCGGAACUCAGUGGCUUACGUUUCUUUUAUCGAUAAAGGAAGUCGCUUUCCCGUCUUUCUUAUAAUAGUCUUUGGGAGUGAAUGGACUCUUCGAUAUGAGACAAUAUUGGUGUUAAUGGUGAGGUGGUUGUUGUUGUGGAGGGGAUGGAAAUGGAAGAUGAAGCUGUUAUGGUUGACGCAUCAGAAACUGGAACUACCGUUUACAGAAAUUUCUCUUGUCAAACAGAUUUUACAACACAUAUUGGAGCGAGUAUCCCUGUUCUCUUCUGUGGAUUGUUUUCUCCAUCUUGUGAUGCUGAAACACAAUGUGACAUUCCUCCUCUGAAAGUGAAUGUUUCUGUUUGUACAUAUGGUAGUAAAAAGGUUGAUUCAGCAAUAAGAUGUGCAACUGAGAAAAUAAGAAAAUAUUCCCUUGCUAGUCCUGUUGAACCCAAAGAGUCUGUCAAGGAAAAAACUGAUCUUCAGCAACAAACUAUUGAGGAAGUGAUACGUAAGGUGCCAGCCGUUGAUGGUAAUGAUAGCGACAUUUCAUUGUUUAACAGUGACACUGAUACGUGUAUAUUGUUUAACAGUGACACUGAUAUAAAGGAGAUGGCUGAAUGUGCUGCUGCAGUUUCUACACAAUAUACACAACAUUCACAUCUGAAACAAAGAAAACAGAAGAAGCCACGCAAAGUUGAUGAUUUUAAUUGUGAUGAAGCAAAAAAGAAGCCAAGGAAGAGGACAAGGAAGCCAAAGGCUGACGAAAAAUUUACUGGUGUAGUAUUUGACCCCAGAAAAGGCACCAUUAAAAUAAAGGACAUUAGUGAAACAUGCGAUAAAAAUUCACCCACUGAAAAUUCUGACCGGGCUUUCGUACCUUUUAAAUAUAGAGAGAAGACAGGUAAGAACAGUGAGCUGGGAACACGAGAUGUAAUAGUUAGUAAGGAGGAGGACCAGACAGAAGAAUGUUAUAGUGAUUGGAUUACUGAUGAUGAAGUUGAUGAUGAUGAAAGUGAUUCUGGAAAACCUGCUUUUAAUCAAGGUAACCGCACGUGUUCACAUUGUACGUUGACAUUUAACUCGCCCUUGUUACUUCUAGAACAUUUAGAAGGUAAUCAUGCAGCCCAUGUUUGUAGUAUAUGUGGGUUUACAACUCCAUUUAAGCAUGGAUUAAAGAAGCAUAUGGUGAAACAUUCAAAGGAAAGAGCAUUUGUGUGUGAUAUUUGUGGUAAGCAGUACUCUCACAAGCAAUAUUUAAAGGGGCACAUUUCUCGUGCACAUAGUGAUUAUGACCAUGGGAACAGAUACCCAUUUAACUGUCAGCAUUGCAAAAGACUUUAUCACAGUGAGGCAAACUUGAUGAGACAUCAAAAACAAGAAAGUGGCCCCUGUGAAGUUUGUGGAGUUAUGUUAAAAUGCAGUGGUCUUUUGUGGCAUCAUAAGAGGGACCAUUUUUCUCAGGGUGAGAAUUGCAAAAAAGGAUUUCAGUCUAGGAAUACAUUACUGUUGCAUAAAAGUACAACGCAUAAAAAAAAAACUAUUAAGUGUCCAAUCUGCCCAAAGAAAUUUGCCUUUCAAUCUUAUUUGAAUACUCACCUUGCAAAUACCCAUAAAGAGGGUUCCCUGCAAUAUAAAUGUCCUGAUUGUAGUUUUUGUACUAGAUCAAAGCCUUACCUAACAUCUCAUCAGAGUAGAAUGCAUAAACCUCCACUGAAAUUCUACUCUUGUGGCUUCUGUAAAAAAGAUUUUAGGAGCAAUUCUCGUCUAGUAGAACAUACACGUAUUCACACAGGUGAGAGACCUUUUUCAUGUCCUGUGUGCUGCAAAACAUUUUAUACUCAGGGUAACCUCUAUGCUCAUGAAAGGUCUGUUCAUAACAGACUAACAAAUUAUGGUUCAAGAGAUACAGAAAGUCGACAAGACGCAGCCACGAUGCGUCGUAAGAUUUCAAGUUGUUACGAAUGUCAUCUUUGCGAUUCAACAUUUCCAACAUUCAGGAAACUCAAGUAUCAUUUAUUUAGAGAUCACAAAAUAGAUAAUGAUGCAAAAAAGGGGGACAAUGUCGAACAGGAACGAGUGGUAGAAAUGAAUGAAGCUGGGAUGGUGCCGGUACAAAUGGAAACAAGUACCAAAGAUCUCUUGCCUGAAGACUUUGAACCAAUCGUAAAGGAAAAUGACACAAUAUAUGCCAUUCCUCCAAGUGAUGAAGUUGUGAGUAGGGUAACCUUACCCAUGCCAGCUUAUGUUGUGCCUCCAACUGUUAAAGAUUGAUGGUGUUCAGUACCAUGUUGUAAGAAGUAAUCAGUGAAAUGUUAUAGGCACUUUUUUACCAUUACUUUGAAUAUUGAUUUAGCUACUCUUCUUUUUAACUGAUUCAAGAAAUAUGUUUUAGAAGUAGCUAUUUUUUUUUAAAUAAUACCUGUGGCUAUACUGCAUUAUGAGAGAGACUUAAUGACAGUUUUGCCCUUUUUAAAAAGGAAAUCCACCUUCUGCUGUUGAUAUCUCAUGUAUUGUCCUUUAAGGUUCUUUUCAAUCAUCACCCAUAGUAUCAGUCUGACUAUGUAUACAGUACAGUAUUGAUUUUAUUAAUUACAGUACCUAUACAGG